UCCGAUUCGUUUAAUUCCACACAAGAGAAGAAUAAGAAGAAGAAGAAGAAGAAGAAGAGCAACGAAGAGAAGAAAAGGAAAGGGGAAAAAAGACUCAUUCUUUCUGGGGGUUUUGCUUCCCCUAGAAGCUUUCUUUUUUCCCCCGGAAAAAUUUCUAUCUCUCUUUCUCCCUCAUCGGAGUUUCGGUUUCUCUCUGCAGCAAUUCUCUCGUUUGGUUUUCAACAAUGGAGGACGACUAUUAUGUGAGCAGCGAGGAAGAAGGCUAUUACGAUGACGAGGAGGAUAAUGAUGAUCCUGAGAAUUUGGAGGAGGAGAUGAUGGCGUACGUUGAGAGUGAGACUCCAAAGUGUGAGGUGUCAUCGACCAAGGUAAUCUCAAAAGAAUCUCUCUUGGCUGCACAGAGGGGCGAUGUGCAGAGGGUAAUGGAUGUGCUGUCGCUGAAAGAGUACCAUGCCCGAACCUUGCUCAUCCAUUAUCGUUGGGAUGUCGACAAGGUGCUUGCUGUGUAUGUAGAGAGGGGGAAAGAGUUACUAUACGAAAAGGCUGGUGUGACUAUGGCGGAGCAUGAUGACACAUCACAGCUUUCAUCUGAGGUUAUGUGUGAUAUUUGCAUGGAUGAAAUUCCGGCUAAUGAGGUCACAAUCAUGGAUUGCAAUCACGUUUUUUGUAACGAAUGUUGGACAGAGCAUUUUAUUGUGAAAAUAAAUGAGGGUCAAAGUAGGCGCAUUAAAUGCAUGGCACACAAGUGCAAUGCUGUUUGUGACGAAGCAAUAAUCAGAAAUCUGGUCAGUGCAAGGGAUCCUAAUCUGGCCGAGAAGUUUGAUCGUUUUCUUCUGGAAUCAUAUAUUGAGGAUAAUAGAAAGGUGAAGUGGUGCCCGAGUAUUCCUCAUUGUGGAAAUGCUAUACGUAUUGAGGAAGAUGAGUUAAUCGAGGUUGAAUGUGCAUGUGGAAAGCAAUUCUGUUUUAGUUGCUUAUGUGAAGCACACUCUCCUUGUUCAUGCCAAAUGUGGGACCACUGGUUGAAGAAGUGCGUAGAUGAAUCAGAGACUGUUAAUUACAUUUCAGUCAACACAAAGCAUUGCCCAAAAUGUAACAAGCUGGUUGAAAAGAAUGGAGGAUGCAAUCUAGUUACCUGUAUCUGUGGACAACCAUUUUGCUGGCUCUGUGGUGCCCCAACUGGUUCGGAUCAUACAUGGGAUUCCAUUGCAGGUCAUGAGUGUGGACGAUUCAAAGAAGACGAGGAGACGGACCUUGAGCAAACCAAGAAGGACCUAUUUCGUUACACUCACUACUUCAACCGUUUUCAAGCUCAUAAAGAUUCUCUUAAGCUUGAAGCUGCGCUGAAGAAAACCGUACAAAGAAAAAUAACAUAUUUGGAAGAAAACUUAUCGUCAUCGAAAGAUUAUAGCUGGCCAACUGAUGCACUCAACAGACUCUUUAGAUCAAGGCGAAUUAUUGCAUAUUCCUACCCAUUUGCAUAUCACAUGUUUGGUGAUCUUUUAAAAAAAGAGAUGACAUUAGAACAAAGGACGAUAAAACAGAACUUGUUUGAGGACCAGCAGCAGCAGCUUGAGGCCAGCAUGGAGAAGCUUUCUAUGUUUACAGAGGAACCUUUUGACCAUUAUUCGGAGGAGAAACUUCACGAUUUAAAAUUGAGGAUGAUCAAUCUUUCGACGCUUGUUGAUAAGCUCUGCCUGAAAUUGUUUGAAUGCAUUGAAUAUGAUUUGCUGGGCCAACUUCAAUUUUCAGUUCACAGAAUUGUUUCUUACAACUCGAACGGCGUGGAGAAAGCAUCAGAAAUUAACAGUUUGUCGGGAUGCUGAAAAUGACUGGCACUAACGAAGAGAACUUGGAGAUAAACAAAAGUUCUCCUACUGACAAAUGUAACUACAGAAUCUUGUCCUCAAUCGACUUUGAGAGUGAGUUGAGGUGAAAGUUGAUGCUUUUCUUGGAAUUGCGCCUGGGGAAGAACUGUUGGAGAGAGUGCUUUUAUCUCAAAGUGUCCUGCCGAUGGUGGUGAUAUAGUUAGGAUGGUCAAGUUCUCAGUUGCUAAAUUUUGCCAAAUUGAUAACCUUCAACAUCUUAACCUCUUUACAGUUAGAAAUGAGAUUCUUUUUCAAAUAAUCUCACAUAUAAUCUCAGUUGUUUUGCCAAGGAAGUUACCGUAGAUAGGAUGAUACCAAAUUGUAUACAUUCACUGUUCAGAAAUGAAAUUAUGACUUUUAUACAUCUCAUAAAA